AUGUAUAUAUAUCUUUGUAUAAGAGAUACACUUCCUCAUUUACAUUGGAAAUCAACGUCAGAAGAAAGAGAAAAGACAACGACGAUAAAAAAAUCCCCUCCUGUACAAAAACAUCUGUUAGGUGCAUCUCAAGGUGAAGUAUCAAAUCGAGCUGCACAAUUUCUUGAGAAAGCUGAAGCAUUAUCCAAACCAACAAUUGAAUGGUCUAUUACUAAUGAAGAUUCAUUGUACGUAAAAUUUUUUAUUUUAUUGAUAGAAAGAAAUAAGACGAAUAUUAGAUAUGCUCGACCAGCUACUGGUGGACGAAAAGUACGUCAUCAUAAUUUUGAUCAUGACGUUAAUGAUGCUAUUGAAGAAGUGAAAUAUUUAUGUAAUGUUAUUCGACAAUGUGGAAAAAAGAAUCCGAUUGAUGGAACAAUGGAAAUAACAUUUGGACAAUUAUUUAAUAUUUAUGUUGAUAUUUCAAGUAAAUUAGUUGGAACAUUACUUCGAGCAAGAAAAUAUCAUUAUUUAACAUUUAAAGGAGAAUUAUUAUUACAACAUCGAGAUGAAAAUGUUAUUAUUAAACUUCUAUAA